UCCUGAAAUGAGCGUUACAGUAAUAUUUUGCGAUAUUUUCAAAAGAUUUUUAUGUAGUUGCAAAAGUUUCCAAAGCUGUCGAACAUGGAUUCAACACGAGGUCGUGGCCGAGGUCGAGGCCGUGGACGUGGAGCAUCAGAAGUACCUUUGAGAAAACCUGGCGAGUUUCGUGAAACUGACAAAGAUAUAAAAUCUGAAGACGAUGAGAAACCUCCUGUUCAACAUUUUAAUGUUGAAGUUGGCAGAAGUAAAUCAGAACAGCCUGUACAAGAUGCUGUUCUAGAAAGGAAAAUUAAUGAUUUAACGUUAACAAAAAGUCAGAUUUUUGACAAUGUUUUAGAGAAAGCUGUCAAUUGUCAAGUAUUUGUACCCAGGUCAUUUCAAGAACCCAUAAGGUUUAGUCCAGUACAACCUUCAUAUAGCAGUUUAGCCUCAGCAGUUCAUGCUCCUGAGUUCGUGCCAGGUAAAAGUUUCAGGGAAUAUAAAGAAACAGCAUUUGAAAGACUUCAUGCAAUAGAAAACUUUGUGAAUAAAAAAAUUAAACAACUCACAGAGGAUCCAGGUUUACUGGAUGAACUUUCAAUGUCAAUGGCAAACUAUUUAUCACUUUAUAUAAAAGUUGAGAAUGAUAUGGUUAAACUGUCAGACAUACUAUUUGAAAAGUGUGUAUCAGAGCAAAACUUCCAGUAUCCUGGCUCAAGAUUGGCUAACUACCUUGACAAGAAUUUAGUCCUUAAGACAGCAGAGUUUACUUUCAGAACAGUAUUCCUGAAAAGAUGCCGCGAUGAAAAUCUACGAUUCAAUGAGGUGAUCAACACAAAUACUGAAAAAGCCUGCAAUGUUGCCAUAUUUUAUGGUGAACUAUUAAUGAACUACAAGGACAAUGAGGGUAAAACAAUACAGAAGUUUGUGACAGUUGUUGCUGAUGUAGUAAAACAAUUGAUGGCUUGCCAUGACCGAAAACUGCUUAUUUGUGCUGGAAAGCUUCUAAAGUUAACAGGAAGUUUGCUUAACGAAAAUGAUGAAGUAUUUCAUAUUGUAUCACGGUUGGCAAGUGAUCCACAUGUGGAUGGGACUGCAAAAAUCUUGUUCAACCGCGUGUGUGAGCUGAGAAGAACAAGCUGGGGUCAGCAUGAAGUUACGCAUUCCUAUCCGAAUACUCAUGGCGCGCAAGGAUAUUCCAUGUAUAUUCCAAGUAUAGAUGGUAUGUUGGAAGAGCAAGCAUCUGAUUUACCUGUUUUUGCUGAAGAGGAGUGGAAUGAUUACGCCUUAGAUAUUAAUAGCCAAGAUAGCAAUCAAGAAGGAAUGCCUGCAAAUUUCACUGACGUAAACGAAGACCUCUACAGACGAAUUUAUCUCGAACAAUAUGGAAAAUGUUCCCCAUAUACGAGUGGUGAAGGUUGGUCUACGGACGUUGGUGAUAUAGACGAUUACGAUGAUGAUCUUGACGUUUUUGAACGAGAAAAACAGCGGUAGUUUCUAAGCCUGCAUGGGUUCUCAACAGUGAAGUUCUCAAACCCGCACGUUGUCUCCGUCUCGUGAUCUUAAGCUCGCUAAUAAUAAUAGUACAGUAUAGUAGAGCUAUCAUAUUGACCUUGAACUAUGAACAAAAGAGGUGAUGGGUUGUUACGUUUUAAUAGGCUCUUAAAAAGUUGCCAAGUUUCCUUUGCAGGAAGAAGGCUUUCAUGCAGUUGUGAGUCCUCUGUGACUAUAUUUUCCUAGGUAUUGUUGUGAAACCAAGUUUCCCAAAUAUACACGUCGGGAUAAGCAACAAUCCAUCAUCCUAUGAGCGCUGAGAAUUCAAAGUUUGUUUUUGAAGAACAACUUCUCAGUAUAGAUUAUACGUGGUGCUAGUUUGGACAGUCUUUGUGCUGAUAAGCACUGUAUGUAAAACAGGCCUGAAUUUAUCUGGAAAUCAUGCAGUUUUGAGCCAAUUUGUUAAAUAAAAGGAGAAUAUACGUUUAGAAAAUUCCUCAUGAACUUGUGAUUAAAUAAUAUAAAUUCCUUGUGUUUUCCAUGUUUGGCAAUAA